UCGAAAUCCAAACAAGAAAGACAUUGCAAAAAGAAAAAAAAAUGGAAACAAGAAAGGAGCCUCCUUUCCAAUUUAAUCAAUUUGAGCCCUUAAACCCUAAGAUUGAUGUAAACCCCAAACCCUGCCAUUAAUCCCAUCCCAAUUCUCCUCACUCGCUCCUCAAUGGCUCGCCUGCUCCGACCUUUGAGGAAAACCCUUCAUUCUAUAUCAUCAACUUCUUCUUCUUCCUCUUCCAAAACUAUGCCUUUACUGCAAUUCCUCUUAAAUCCCCAACUUUCUCUUCAAUCCCGAAGAGCAUACAUUUCUGAAAUGCGCAAAUCUGCCUUCGAUUGAAACCUUCAAAGGCUACUCCGUAAUGAGAUCCAAUACGAAUUGGAGGCCUCUCCUCCUGACCAGAUUAUGCUGCUAGUUUGUGAUUGUUUAAUUGAACAGUGAUGAUAGUGAAAGAACCUAAUUUUUUGAUCAAAAGAAACCAGGAAAACUCCUCGAGAUAGCUGAUCCCAUAAUGACAUUUGGGCUUUGUUGACAUACUAAAUUAUGAAGCCAGUUACAAAAUUUGAUUCAUUUACAAUUGAUAACCGACCUGGAGAGCAAUGGGUUAGUUUGAAAAGAAAAUUUGAGGAUGAAGACAUUAAAAUUGAAGCUACCAUGUUUGAUGGGGUUGCUACUUCUUCAAUAACUGGUGCACCUGCUGCUGCGAAAGAUGAUGUGGAGUUUUACAUUAGCACGAUUGUUAACAUUACCGAAGAGGGAAGUGGUCAUUUGGUUGAGGUCGUGUGCUCGGCUUGGCCAGAAGAAAUAGAGAUCGAUAGUGUUUCGAUUCGAAAACAAGAAAAUUUGCCUGCUAAGCCUUAUCCUGGCCCUGUAUUCAAAAUUGGCUGGUUUGGAGCUUUGAACCAAUUUAAACUUGCUAAAAUGGGGAGGCCAUUUUCAAGCAAUCCCACUACAACGAGCUCUACCAACAAAGGCGGCGGCGUUGGCGAGAAGACUGAGUCCAAUUUGACUAAGUACGACGAGUCGUAUCGGCAACUAGACAAUCUUGACUUCAUGACCGCCGCUAAGAUCCUCUUUACUGAACCUCCCAAGAAAAAGAAAUUUGGGUUAGAUUUUCACCUAGUACAACUCUUCUUUGUCUUGAUGCCUUCAUUGGCUGUAUAUUUAGUUGCUCAAUAUGCUCGUUAUGAAAUAAGAAGAAUGGAACAGGAACUUGAGCAAAAGAAGAAAAAGGAAGAUGAAAAGAAAGCAAAAGAACUUGAAUUGAAAGCUAUUGAAGAAAAAGAAGCAGGUAAUCCCGAGUUGAGGGAGGUGAAAACAAGGCUAGAUAAACUCGAGGAAUCCCUCAAAAAAAUUGUGGUCGAGUCAAUACAGCCAAGCAGCAGUGAAGGGUUGAAGAACAAUGAAAGAGAUGAUGAGAGAAAAGAUACUGCAGAAACUGAGGCAAGUAGUGGCAAGAGUACCUCCGAAUCAAGCACAUCCAUUGAUACUGAGAAAGAACCUCGCGGUGGACAUAAUCUUCAAGAACAGAAAUCAGACUCGGGGAAGGGGAAGGUAGGCGAGCCCUCGGAAGUUUCCAAUCCCAGGUAGAAUUAGACUUAACACUUUCUCAGAUGGAGGAAUAUCUCAAGGUGACCAAAGUUGAAAAGGAUGGUUUUUUGGGGUUUAAAUUCUUUACUGCUUGUAAGUUGUAACUAUCUUCUGGCAACAUGGAAGAAAUCAAUUAGUUGUGGUGUUUUUCCAAUCUUUAAGCAACUUUUGUUGCAUGACAAUUCCAAAGAAGUAGCUAAAUCAUGGUCUUGAUUAUUGUAGCAUUUUUAUAAAAUAAAAUAUAUUGAUGUAUUCUUAUCAUUGUCCUUUUUAUUUGCCUAAUUAUACUGAAAUAACAGUCAUAAAUGUUCACUUCAAACACAAAAA